AUGCCUCUACCAACAAAAGAAAAGUGGGUUGAAAUUAUACAAGGAUUUGAAAGGCACGCCAACUUUCCCAACUGUAUCGGUGCAGUUGAUGGCAAACACAUCCGAGUUGUUAAGCCAAUUGACAGUGGAUCGUUGUUUUAUAAUUAUAAGAAUUAUUUUUCGAUACUUUUAAUGGCAGUUUGUGACAGCCAUUACAAUUUUACAUUUGUUGAUAUUGGUUCGUUUGGAAAAUGUGCUGACUCGACAGUAUUUAGAGACUCUGUUUUUUACAAAAAACUUAUGAAUAAUGAAUUAAAUAUACCAGAAGACCAACCAUUAACAUUUACAGAAACUCCAAUUUUGCCAAAUGUUUUAAUUGGUGAUGAAGGUUUUGGUGUCUCUACAAAACUUUUACGUCCUUUUGGAGGUAAAAAUUUGUCGGUAAAAAAAAGAAUAUUUAAUUAUCGGUUAAGCAGAGCAAGGCGGUACAUUGAAUGUACCUUUGGAAUACUAACUAAUAAAUGGCGGAUAUUUCAUCGACCUUUAAACGUUUCGAUGGAACUUACAGAAGAAAUUGUCAAAGCAUGCUGUGUAUUGCAUAACUUCGUAAGAGCAAGGGAUGGAGUGCAAUUUGAUGAUAUACUGACAGUUAAUGGGUUUGAUGAAAUGCAUAGUCCAUCUUCCACUAUUCUAGGAGGCAGAACAGCAAAUGAUAUUAGAGAUCAAUUUGCAGAUUAUUUUAUUUCUCCAGAAGGAGAAUUGCCAUGGCAAUACACAAAUAUUUAA